GGACCUUGAAGAUCAUUUAGUACCAACCCCUCCAGGAUCAUGUUCCAGUACAGCUGGUUGCUCUAUGCCCCAACAAACCCAGCCUUGAAUACUUGCAAGGAUAGUGUACACAGGCUUCUCUGGGCAACCUGUUCCAUUGCCUCAGUGCCCUCACGGUAAAGGUUUUCUUCCUUGGAUCUGAUCUACAUCCUUGAAAGUGCAUGAACACCCUCAGCAAACUUACCAUAUUCAACAUUGAGUAACUUGAGUUGAUGUUACUGUGACCUAUUUUGACAUUUUCUGCUUGCUGCUAUUUACCCACUUGUCUGACAUCCAUUCAUCCUUAACUUUUGUAUAUAACAGAUAGAAAAACAAUCUUUAGACCUUAAAAUAGCAGCCAUCCAAUGUAUGUCUAUAAAGUUUAUGCAGUGCUCCUGAAAUUGCCAGCUUUUUUUCCCCACAAAAAUUGUUUUGUUGCAUCUAUGAUCACACCUUUGGAGGAUCUGUCCAUAGAAAAUUCUUCAUUGAAUCUGUCAGGGCAAAGAUCUUGCAGUGUUAGCAAACAAAAUGAAAUGAGUCAUUCCUUAACCCGGGAAUAACCAGCUGGAGUCUAACAUAUCUAAGUGUGUGCCAUGAUCCCCCAGCUUGGAGCAGUCACAUGAGUUUUCCUCAUCAUGGAUAUUCCUGUGUUUGCAGGCAUGAAUGGGUCAGCCAUUGAAAACUUCUCCUGUGUGAUUUAUAACAUUUUCCUCAUGAACUGCACUUGGCAGGCAGGAAGGGAAGCUCCAGCAGACACACAGUAUUUUCUCUACUGGCAGAAGUCAAGAGAUGAAGAGGAGAUGGAGUGUGAGCUUUACAUUAAAGAAGAAAAUUACAGAAAUGUGGGAUGUAUCUUCCAAAACGUAAGCAUAGGGAGUGAAAAAGCUUAUUUCCUGGUGAAUGGGUCUAGCAAAGACUCCCUGAUUCAGUUCUAUGACGAGUACAUUGACCUGUAUAAAAUUGAAAAGCUCAUGCCUCCAUCAAAUAUCACAGUCAGCUGUGAUGAAAUUAAAAAUGAUUGCAUAAUUCAAUGGCAACGACCCCAAAUAAGUCAUUCUGACAAAGACUUGUGUUUUAAAUAUGAAAUUAGCAUAAAGUAUGAGGAUAAUCCUGAAGGAAAACCCAUAUAUACUUCCAUACAAGAAGGGGGAAAUAACAACAUAUUUCUAAGAUCCAAUAAAAGAAAGAAGUAUGUCUUGAAAAUGAGAGCAGCUGGCAGUGCCUGCUUUGUGAACCCAGCCUGGGGGGAAUGGAGUGCACCCGUUGAGUUUGGAAAUUAUGAAAUUAUAUCUCCUUCAGUAUGGAUUUUACUUGGCGUAGCAGUUGCAACACCCUUAAUGGCAAUAAUCACUUUUUCUUUUUGCAAAAGGAUUGGCUGUUGGAAGGCAGCAUUUCCACAAAUCCCAGGACCAAAACCUGAUUUUUUUACGCUGGCUGAUACAAAUCCAGAGCUGAUGGAGAACAAAAUUCAGCCACUAACAUCUGAAAAUGAAGAGAUAGUAUUAGUUGCUGACAUCGUGAGAUAACCAAGAAAAAUGGAGGAGUUUGAAAAUGCAUUUCUUGCGCAAUUGUAUAUUCCCGUGGAAAGUCUGGAAUAAUAUAUAGCUUUCUUCACUUUCUUCUUUUUCUUGUAGAAAACAGCAAUGCAGUCAAGACAGAAUGAUGCCUCACAUGCAAUCUUUUUAAAUUCCGUUGUAUUUUCUUUUAGUUUUGGCUAAUUUUAACUGUUUGGAUAUCUUCUCAUUUGUAAAUAUGAUUGAAAUAUUUCAUUCAGGAAGUUUUAGUUACAUUUCAACCUUAAGGAAAAAUAAUUGUUUUUCUGUCCCAUAUUAAAAAAGUUAAUAAUUA